GCCAUGCCAGAGGAGGCCAUCGACAGUUUGAGCUUCAUCAGAAGCCACUGGACAGCAUGGUGGAUACUCGGAGUGGCCCACAAGCGAGUGCAGUCCUGGCGUAGCCUCUACGUCUGCCUCAGUGUGCUGGCCAAUGUGAUGGUCACAGUCGGCUAUCCGCUCCACUUGGGCCUGUCGCUCUUUCGCAACCGCACCCUCACCGAGGACAUCCUCAAUCUAACGACCUUUGUGACGUGUCUCGCCUGCUCCGCCAAGUGUCUCAUCUACGCCUACAAUAUCGACAAGGUGGCACGAAUGGAGCAGCUCCUGCGGCUGCUGGAUGAGCGAGUGAGUGGGGAAAAGCAGCGUGCAAUCUACGGCAAUGUGAAGCUCCAACUCCGCAUAGUCCUGUAUGUCUUCAUUGGCAUCUACAUGCCGUGUGGUCUCUUUGCCGAGCUGUCGUUCCUGUUCAAGGAGCAGCGGGGCCUUAUGUACCCCGCCUAUUUCCCAUUCGAUUGGUUAACCUCCACGAGGAACUACUACAUGGCCAAUGUCUACCAGAUUGUUGGCAUCUCCUUUCAACUCUUGCAGAACUAUGUCAGUGAUUGCUUUCCGGCGGUGGUGCUCUGCCUAAUAUCGUCUCACGUGAAGAUGCUCUACUCCCGCUUCGAGGAGAUUGGCAGGGAUCCAUCCAUUAAUGCGGAAAAGCAGCUGGAGGACUGCAUAACCGAUCACAAGCGCUUGCUCGAACUCUUCCGGUGCAUUGAGAGACUCAUGUCGGUGCCAAUGUUCAUCCAAUUCACGGUCACCGCUCUGAAUGUCUGCAUCAGCAUUGCGGCUCUCGUGUUCUAUGUAAGCGAGCCCAUGGCUCGAACGUAUCUCAUCUUCUAUGCCCUCGCUAUGCCCCUCCAGAUUUUCCCCUCCUGCUACUUUGGCACCGACAACGAGUUCUGGUUUGGACGCCUCCACUACGCCGCCUUCAGCUGCGAUUGGCCACAGCAGGGCAGGAGCUUCAAGCGGAAGAUGAUGUUCUUUGUGGAGCGAUCGCUCAAGCAGAGCACAGCGAUUGCCGGUGGCAUGUUACGCAUUCAUUUGGACACAUUCUUCUCGACCCUUAAGAUGGCAUACUCCCUGUUCACGAUCAUUAUACGAAUGAGAAAGUAG